CGGCCUGCGAGAACCUUCCACUGUAUCCUACCACUCUCCCUGCCCACGAUCCGCUACGGACGACUCCACCCUCAGGCUAGGACAACUCCCACCCAGUCGCAGAGAAAAGCGUACAGAGGCCGCCAGUCCAUUUCACACUUCCGCAAACUUCGACCGGAUUCGCGCAUUUCCACCAAGUAUAAAAAGUAUAAAAGAUGCCUCUUCUAUCCAACGACGGGUUCCUAUCCCAACUGAAUACCUUAUAUAGCUCCGCCAAGGCGUCUGGGACCGUCUACGUGACCAUGAAACGAUAUGCAUAUGAGGAACAGAAGCAAAAACGGAAAGACGAGAAGUCAGGAGCUUCUGCUCCAAUACCAUCGUCAUCAUCGGAAACAACGUCAUCGACCUACCCAUGCCUCAUCCGCGCCGUCUGCAGAAAUUCCAAGAUAAGCACUCUGGUACAACCACAAGACACAGACCGCUUCCACGACGCCUACACCAACAUUGUGCGAUUACACAUGGACUCGCUGAAAAAGAAGGAGCGUGUCAAGAAGGUUAAGAGCAAAGCGAAGGCAAAGGCGAAGGAUGCGAUGCAGACAUGAAAUAUGGGGAAUGCAGUGUGGGUCUGGAGAAGCGGCUGCGGCUUAAAGUUGCGGGUGUAUUCAGCGUGGGAAAACGGAUGGGAUUUGGUCGUACUUGAAGAUGCGAAAGGUGCCCAAGAGGAAUUGAAGCGCUGUGACGGAAAGAGAGCUUGAUAUUAUGUAUGCAGUGGAAGCACUUGAUGCGCAUGCGUAUGCCCUCCGUAACACAGGAGUUGGAAGGAUGGAAAGAAAGGAAACAUCUACAUAUGUAUUUGGAAUGGACCCGCUGUGGGCUUUUCACCGCAUGAAAUCACAUCGAUGUACUCGG